AUGUUUCAUACAGGUUGCCUUCCACAUUCUGUAUCAUCAUUUGGCUUUGCAUCGCGCUGUGAAGGAUGCGUGCGACAGCGUGUUGCGAAGAGGCUAGAAUCUCAUCGUAUUCCAUCGUCAACCGUUGCCGAUAGCUGCUUCUCCUUCGGUGGACGCUCCGCAGUCACACAUCGCAACUAUUGGAACUUUUGGUCAUCGUUGAGUAGCAGGACUUCAAUUGAGACGGUGAUUCACACCGGCGAUUGCGAGGAUUACGACGUGAAUUGCGUGCAGUACCGUAAGGCGCGUUUUUGGCGUGAGUUGAGUACUCCCGAAAUUGAAGAGGAGAUUAGAAAAGUGCGCAAAGUGCUCGCCAAAAUAAAUCUCUACCGUAAAACAAAGAAUCCUGCCCUUCGUCCGAGUUCAUUGGGUAACACCCGCCGAACGCUGGCGCAGCUGCUGUUCAUUCGCCACGAACGCCAUUUGGCAUCGCUACGUGAGGCUCAAGGACUGAAAAAGCACGCAAAUGUAGCCGGUAGCAGUGACGAAACUGGUAAUAGACAUGGCUAA